AUGGGUUGUAGCUCUUCUUAAGUUUAGGUAGUACCUGUUAUAUAAGAAAAAAUACAAGAAGCAUAAAUAUUUAUUGAAGAAAACUAAAAUUUUCAUAUUUGUUAGUUUUUCACUAGCUUUCUUUCACAGAUAAGUUACUACAUUGAAAGUGAAAAGCAGGCAAUACUUAUAGAUCCUCUUCGAGACAUAUAGCAAUAUAUUGAAUACUCUUAAAAAAGGGAAGCAAAAAUAACGCAUGUAUUUCUUACAGAUUUUCACUCUGAUUUUAUAGGUGGCCAUGUAGAUAUUUAAAAAUAGGCUGAUGCUUAAAUAGUCCUUGGACCAACUUCAAUUGCAGAUUUUGAAUUUCAUCAAGCAAAAGACAAUGAAAUAAUUAGCAUAGGCAAAAUAAAAAUGUAGGUGCUUUAUACACCAGGCCAUACAAAUGAAAGCACCUGUUUUUUACUUUUGGAUGAUGAGAGAUAGCAUGCUAUUUUUACAGGAGAUACAUUAUAUUUAGAAGAAGCUAGCUUUCCUAAUUUAGCUGCAACAAGCGAAUAAAUUGAUAGAAGUGAGCUUGCAGGACAUCUAUUUGACUCGUUAAGAAAUAAAAUUAUAGUUUUAGACCCUACUUUGAUAAUUUAUCCUGGCCAUGUUACUGGAAAUAGUAGAAUUAAUACAAUUCAAAAGAAUAAAAACUUCUAAGGAGUAUUUGACACUUUAUUAAAUUAAAUAUAAACUAACGCUUCUUUAACAAAGACAGAUCGCGAGUUAUUUAAAGAAUCAAUAUCAGGUCUUACUUAUGUUCCUGAAUACUAUUUUAACAAUAUUUAUUAGAAUUAAUUAUCUAUAUAACCCAUCAAAGAAAUAGUAGAUAAAAGCUUAGUUUUCAUUCCACCAAACUAAUUCUUGUAAGAGAUUUCAAAGUAUCAAGAUUGCUUUCUAAUAGACACAAGAUCUCCAGAAGCAUUCUAAGAGCUAAGAAUUCCCUAUUCUAUUAAUUUAUUUGAAUGGUUGAGUUUAGAUGUUAAAAUGAGAGCAAAAUUGUAACCUUCAUCCAAGCUCUUUAUAAUUUCUGAAUGUGGUAAAGAAAGAUAUUCUAUAACAUUAUUAGCUCUCAUAGGAUAUGAACAUAUUUUGGGAUGCUUAGAAGGCGGUUUUGAAGCUUUUUAGAAAAGUCAUAAAAUAUAUGGCUAAAUUGCUUCUAUCAAAUCUCAGCACUUAAGUAAAGACAUGCAUUUCUUAGAUUUAAGAGAAGAAGAAGAUUUUCAAAAACACCACAUUAAAGGUGCUUAUAACAUACCAAUCAAUACUAUAACUAUAGCUACUUAACAUGAUUCGUAGCCUUUAGCUCUGCCAAGAAAUAAAAUUAUAUACGUUUACAGCAAUGCUAGCAAUAGGUCUCUGGCUGGAUGCUGCCUGUUAAACGAAUCAAGCUAUUAUAACAUCGUUCACGUAGACGAUAGCUAUAGUGCCAUUAAAAAAAACAAAAAACUAGAAUUCAAAUCUGGCUCAUGA